UAUGUCAAAAUUGAUGAGAAUUUUUGUGUGUUAUUAGACAUUCGUUAAAAAUUCGUCGCAAUAAUUUUUUCCGGCAACAUAUAGCUAAAGCAUUUAGUUUCAAAAUUUUAAUUGUAAUAAAAACGUAAACGUUGUAGAAAUGUUCCUGAACAAAAUGAAUAAUGUCGUCGGUCAAUUGGCCAAGCCCGCGUUACGUGCACAGGCUCGUGCUAUAUGCACAACAAUAACAAAUCGGGAGAUCUUUCAGGUGCAAAGCGCCGAGGAUUUCGAUCAAAAAGUCAAGAAAAGUGACAAGCCAGUAAUAGUGGAUUUUUUCGCAACAUGGUGCAAUCCAUGCAAAAUGCUAACUCCACGCAUUGAAACUGUGGUGGGUGAGAAAGCCGGUGCUAUAAAAUUGGCCAAAGUAGACAUUGAUGAACACAGCGAAUUGGCGCUCGAUUACGACGUUGGUGCCGUGCCUGUUCUGCUGGUAAUGAAAGAGGGCAAAGUAGUGAAUCGUAUGGUCGGCUUACAGGACACAGAUAAGAUUCGCGCAUGGAUUGAUAAAGCUGUUGAGGAAGCCAAAUAAUUCAAUUAGAAGGUUUCUAUAAAAAUCAAAGAUUUAGAUUAUAAUUCAACAACAACAAAAUUGAUCUUUUUGAAAACAUUUAAUGCUUUAACUUUGUUCAACAAAAAUAAAUUAAAUUUGUUCUUGGAAUAAAAAAUUAUUUAAUAAUUGAUGAAAA